CCUUGCAUGUUGCUGAUGGAGAGAGAGCAACAUUUUAAAGAUGAAACAGCAGUGGGCAUUGGCAUAUCAUGGCAACUUGAUGAAAUUACACUACAUUAUGGACAAAAUGAUGAAUUAGAUUUUAGAUUAAGCAUUCAAUUCCAGCCCAUGAAUUACACCAAUGUAUCAGGGAGUAAUCUCUGGAAGGCAUCCAUUUUUGGUAGUACCAAUGACCAUGGAAUUGGUGGGAAAUUUCUGCUAAAGGAGCAAAUACUUAGCAGUGAGCUUAGUAGCAAGGAACUUGUAGCAAAAGCUACCACGAUAGACUUUGGAACAAUAAAACUACAGUAUGAUUAUACACAAGUCUCAUGCUCAAGUAGCAAUUUCUUGUGCGUGGAAUUCUUCAGAGGAGAUGCACCGGAACCAGAUUUUGAUUUUGUGAUUGAUACCGAAUCCAGGUCACUGGUAGCCUGCAAGGAGCUCACAUGUAAAAAUGAAAUUGUUCUGUCAAAUUUAAGAGCUAGUGAAUCUAGUGUUACUGAUGUAACUAUUGGAUCAGUAUCUACAAUAAACUUCAAUAAUGUGAUUGCAACACACCAAGUGUUGGCACGAGGAGUCUCUGGUACAGAUUUGUGGCAGUUGACGAUGUGGGGAAGUGCAAAUGAGAAUGGAGAUGGAGAGCGUUUUGGAGUGAUAACGCAAAUUUUGACUGACAAUAAACAAGACAUUCCUCUUUUACCAACGGAUAUUGAACUGAAUCUUGGAAACAUUCAAGUUGAUUUUGAUGCAGCAAACAUACCUGCUGACGAUUUAAAAUAUUUAUGCCUUCAGUUGUCUGCAAAUGAAAAUGCCAUUCCUGAGUUCCAAGUGACUGCUUACCCUAAUGCAUCCUCACUCAUCACAUGUUUUCCUGCCUUAACAAAGCCUUCUGUGACCCUUCUAAAAAUUAAUUGGGAAGUAAGCACUUUAGCUCUAAUGAUUGGAGAGGAAGAUAACAUUAGUGCUACCUAUAAUGCAGAAAUGUCCAGUACUAGCUCAGCAGUUUCUGGUAAACACAUGUGGAAAGUUGGUAUUUUUGGCGCAACUAAUGUAGAAGGAUCUGGAGAGCGUUUUAACUAUAUAGAGCAAAUGCUGACAGAAGAUGAUCGUAGUCAGUCAUUAGCUGCUGGAGGAACUCUGCACUUUUUUAGUAAAAUUAAAUUUGACUUAUCUGGUACUGGUUGCAGCAAGUUUACGCAUCUUUGUACUGUCAUAUCCAAAGAUGAAAACUCCACUGUUGACUUUGAAUUUAUUGUUGGAUCUCUUGGAGUAAACUGUGAAAAAGCUAGUUGUUACAAUGAUGUCUCUCUUCAGUUUGUAACUGUACCAACAAGCCAAAUGAUUGUUAACCCAGGUAGCAGCAAAAAUCCUUUGACUUUUGAUGCCACUCUCGCAUCUCGAGGCCCAAUUGGAAUUAAUGGUACAAACUCUUGGAAGGUGAUGGCAUUUGGUAGUGAAAGCUCCCUUGCAACUGGUAUUCGGUAUAAUGAACAGCAGGUUAUCCAGGCACCACAGACUGAUACUGUAUUAAAUCCAUUCUUGCCUACACUAGAUCCCAUAGCCGAUAUGGGAAAUAUCACCUUUAACUUUGACAUGAGCAAACUUCCCUGUGGAGUUGUGAAAUUUAUUUGCCUCCAACUACAGAAAGGAGACAACCCAGAACACAUAUUCAACAUCCUCUACCUAAAUGAAAGAUUUGAGCUUGAUGUUAAUCAGGGUGCAACUUGUUACCCUAUCUCAUGUAGAGAAAUGAUAAUGACUAAUCUGACUUGGAAAUUGGAUAAGAGCAACUCUGUUAUUGGUCAACUGAGCAAAAACUCUUUAGUUGCUGACAUAGCCACUGCCCACGCCAGUAAUCCUGUAAGCGGUGAUGGUCUCUGGCAAAUGGCAAUCUUUGGCUCAAAAAAUGCUGAAGGAACUGGAGAUAGAUUCGGAGAAGUAUCUCAAAUUUUAAACAGUCAGCAAUCAAGCAAGUCUUAUACGGGUGCUGGUGCAACCAUGAACUUUGAUAAUGUUGUAUUCGAUUUUGAAUCUGGCUCAGUUGGAUGCAACUCUUUUGACUACAUCUGUGUAGAAGUAAAGAAGGACAGUAACCCUGAACCAGACUAUAUCUUGACAUUUAAAGAUGGUGGAGACAGUUUGAUAUCUUGUCAAAAGUCAAACUGUAACAAUGAGGUGGUUGUCAAAGAUGUACAAAUUAAACUGUUGGGUCAACUUUUAGCCAAUAGGCAUAACAAUAGCAUACAGUUGCAAUUCCUUGGAUUGCCAGCAGAAAUGACAGCUGGUUUAAGUGGAAUGGGGCUGUGGCAGAUAUCUAUAUUUGGGAGUACUGAACCUGAUGGCUCUGGCACACAAUAUGGCACACAACAGAAACUUCUUACUCCAGCUCAGCAAGAUGAGGCUCUGAUUCCAGGCCAAGUCUUGGACUUCUCAGACAUCAUUUUUGAUUUUGAUAUGUCUGAUCUCUCCUGUGAUAAGGUGAAAUAUAUGUGUGCCAGACUGGAGAUCGGUCAAAAUCCCAGUGUAGAUUUCACCCUACGAGGCAUAGACAAUGCUACAAGUCUUACGCAGUGUGUAGAAAUAGAAUGCCAAGGAGAUCAAAAAACUGGUGUUCAGGUUACUAGCAUAGAUUGGUCUAUUGGCACUGGCGCAUUGAUUAUUGGUGAAGAUGAUAACACAACACUAAAUUAUAAAGCAGUUAUGUCAGACAGUUCAAGAGAUGUGGAAGGCACAUCAUUGUGGACACUCAGUGUAUUUGGAGCCAAAAAUAUGCAAGGAACUGGUACUAAAUUUAGCUACAAGCCCCAGGCUUUAAAUGCUGUACAGCAGGCUAAGCCAUUAAAAUCUGUAAAUGGCAAAUCUGAACUUGUAUUCACUAUACCAGAUUUUCGCUUUGAUCUCUCUGGUGUGGGUUGCGGAGACUACAAAUAUUUGUGUGCCAAAUUAGACAAGAAUGAAGACGCGGACCCUGAUUACGAGUUUGAAGAUUCGGCUUUGAAACUUAACUGCAAGAAGAGUGAUUGCUAUAAUGAGGUUACUCUUGGUUUUGAGGCUCAGAGUACUGGUUCAUUGAAAGCUGCACCAAGGCUACCCAAAAACGAAAUGACUUUUGAGGCUGAUAUAGUUUCACGCGGCCCAAUAGGUGUCAAUGGUGUUAAUUCAUGGAAUGUAGCCAUCUAUGCUACUGAUACUGCUGAUGGUAAAGGUACCCGCUACAGCGAAACACAACAGUCAUUAAGUCCUCCGCAAAGUGCUACCAGACUUGCCCCCUUCUCUACAUCAAGGAUUGGUAUUGUACCAUACAACCUCGAUAUGACUGAAUUAAAUUGUGAACAAGCGCAGUAUGUCUGCUUACAUCUCACCAAAGGUAGAAAAUCGGAACAUGAAUUUACAAUCCACCCAAUAAACGGAGAGUAUAAUCCAGACGAGAAUGAACUCUACAAAUGUUUUCCAGUAGAGUGUGAAGGUGUUAUUGUAGAUGACUUAGACUUUUCAUUAGAAAGUGUUGAUACUAUGGUCUUGGGACGUGCUACAGGUGUCAGCCUUGAUUUAACAGCAGGCACAACUAUUGACAGUACUGCUACGCAAGGCGAAGGAUUGUGGAAAGUUACUGUUUUUGGUAGCAAGAAUAAGCAAGGCACCGGCCUUCGAUUUGGCCAAGUUGAUCAAGUUCUCUCCAAGAAUCAGGCAAAAACAUCUUAUGCUGGUUCUGGGGCAGAUCUUUCAUUCACUGGAGCUAAAUUUGAUUUUAAAAUUGCUGAGGUUGGAUGUGAGAAAUUUCCAUUUGCGUGUGCUCAGAUUCAACGUGGUGAUAACCCAGUACCUGAAUAUUCAUUCCAGUCUUUACAAAAAGGCAACCCUGACCUCUACAGAUCUUGCAAAAAAAUGAAGUGCAAUUCAGAAAUAAAGAUUGAGCGUUUAAAUAUGACGGUAACUGGCGGUAGUGUUGAAGACUAUUUACCCAGCAAUGAGGUGGACAUGUCUGUGUAUGCUGUACCAGACAGCGAAAUUGGCGUUGAGGGUGAAAAUCUAUGGCGGAUGUCACGGUUCCUGAGCCCUACCCAAUUUCCAACACCUGACACUCCACGAUAUGUACUCGAAACAGAUGAACUUUCCAAAGAACAAGCCGACAUACCACUUGUACCGGGAGACAACAUUCAGUAUGGUGCAGUAAAUGCGGACGUUGAUAUGACCAUGCUUACAUGCAAACAAACUGGGUAUAUCUGUGUAGAGCUAUAUAAAAACGAAAAAGCCAGCGUUGAUUUCACCUUCACUGCUGAUUCUCAGUUAAUAGAUUGUGAAGAGAUGCCCUGCAAAGAGGUGUACCUGAUGGGAUUUGACUGGGACUAUGAUCCAGAGAGUUAUGUUUUUGGACAGAAAACUCCUGGUGUAUUCCGUAGCAAUGUUACAUUUAGCCGUGAGAGCCAAGUUUUGGGUGCUGGGUCAGGCCUCUAUCGAAUUGGAAUGUACAGUAGUCGCAAUGCAGAUGGUUCUGGUAAGAAGGAACGGUAUAACUACCAGGUUCUCGACACCACCCAACAGGGACAAGCAAUGACAACAAAUGCAAGACGCGAACCAGACUUAAAGUACCCAAAUGUGCCAACAAGUUUUGAGAUUGGGUCUGUUGGUUGUGAUGGUACAGAGUACAUAUGUGCUGAGUUUACCAAGGGAGACAGUUCCAAACCUGAUUACACCUUGGUGGUACUAGGAGCAGAAGAACCGAUUAUGAGAUCCUGCAAAGAUGUACCAUGCAAUGCAGCUGUAAGAAUCAGAGAUGUUGACCUGUCUGCCACUGGAAAGGUGAAGUCAGACAAGAAGAAUCAAAUGGUUACACUUGAUGUUACUGGAUUGACUGAUUCUACUAGUGCUGGUGUGGUUGGCUCAGGCCUCUGGAACCUCAAGGCAUAUUUGUCCCCUGAUCAAAAUGGCUCUGUGCAGUCAUCAGUAAUUGCCAACACAUUAAACUCCGGCCAGAAAGAUCAGGAUUUGUUGAUGCCAGCUGAUCUUCCAUACGGAAAGAUUCCAGUAUCAUUUGACACAACUGGCAAGAAGUGUUCUGACCUGCAGUAUGUUUGUGUAGAGAUUUCAAGAGAUCAGAAUUCCGAUCCAGUGUAUGUUCUUGAAGGUGUUCCAGAUGAGGAGAGCUUAAAGAAAUGUACUAAGCUGCAAUGUGAAGGGGUCAUUGCAAAAGACUUGAUCUACCCACGUGUUGAAGGUGAAAACUACAUCAUUGGACGCGAGACACCAGUCAGGACCUCAAACUUUAGAGUUGAAUCAGACUAUGAGAGUGCUGGUGCAUCUGGUACUGAAUUGUGGAGAGUUGGCAUCUUUGGUAGUGACAAUGCAGAUGGAACUGGUGAUCGCUCAGGUUACAAGGAGCAGAUUCUAACCCCAGAACAAAAAGGCAUAACAAUGACAGGCAGAGGCCAAUUUCUUCCUCUGGGCGUUGUUGGUGGAGAUUUUGACAUGGGAUCUGUUUGUUCAAAUGGGCAAUAUGUGUGCAUGGAAUACGCUAAGGCCGACAACCCAUCACCAGACUUUGCAUUCUCUGCAAUUGGUGAUAAAGCCACACCAGAGAAUACGCUUGUAAAGUGUGAAAGACCAGCGUGCUCAGAUACUGUGGCUUUGCGUCGACUUGAUGCUGAAAUUGCACCAGGACAGGAUGAUGUUUAUGUAACAGAAGGCACUAAGAACAACCCACUGAAAGUAAAUCUUGAAGCUACACCUGCUUACGACAGUCUUGGAGUUGAAGGAAAGAAUUUGUGGAAGAUGUCCCAGUGGGUGUCACCAAACAGUGAUGGCUCUGGAAAGAAAUAUGGUUUGAAAGAUCAAGUUCUGACCCCACCAAAGGCUGGAACUACACUUGAUCCAGCUGAUUCCAGAAUGGGAUUUGGAGAAGUUGAAGUCAGUCCAAACUUACUGAAAACCGAUUGCAACAAAGCUAAAUACUUGUGUUUCAAGUUGGAAAAAGGUACCAAGCCAAAACCAGACUUCAAUUUCAGAGGUGAUGAAGAUGAACUUACAGACUGUGUCAACAUUGAAGAGCGUUGUCGUGGUGUUGUUGUAGAUGACAUGGACUGGGAAGUAGAUUAUAAACCAGGAUCAGUGAUUCCAGGUCAGCCAACCCCUAUCACAUUGGAUACAAAUAUCAGUACUGUACCAAACACGCGCAGUAUUUCUGGAAAUGGAAUGUGGAACCUUGCAGUUUUUGGAAGCCGCAAUUCUCAAGGAACAGGAGAUCGAUAUGGAGAGGUACAACAGGCGUUGAGUGAAGAUGAACAAGCCUUCCCACUUACUGCUGGUGAUCCAUUAAAAUUCCCCAAAACUAACACAGAUUUUGAUGUUGGCAGUCUUGGUUGCAGCAACUCUCCUUAUCAGUUUAUGUGUUUAGAAUUUUCAAAAGGAGAAUCCCCACGACCAAAAGACUUCUCAUUCACUGCUCUUCCAGAUAAAGAAAGCCUCAUCUCAUGCAAGGAGGCAGAUUGUAAUGAGGUCAUCCUUACUGGAACAGCUACAGAGAGAAAUAGUGGAAGCGUUGUUGAAGGGAGACAAAACAAUCCUCUCAGAAUCACAACAACAGUAGAAUCUAGUCCAGAGGGUGCUAGUGCAAACAGCCGAAGAUCAUGGACAAUGACUACAUUUGGUAGUCAGAGCCCCACAGGCCAAGGACCAAUGAUUAGUCCAGAAUCUGUGUACAUGCCGCCACAAUCUGCUGAUAGACCACUGACUGCUGGACAACCUAUGACAUUGGGACCAGUGGACACCAACUUAGAUAUGCGUGGGAAAACCUGCACUGAUGUUCCAUACAUCUGUUCAAGAGUUGACCAAGGAUCACGACCACAGCCAGACUUUGCUAUGACAACUAUGCCAGAUGACAGAGUUUUAACCAGCUGUUUCCCUAAUAAGGCCUGUGAAGGUGUUGUUGUCGAGGACUUUGAUUGGACAGUGGAAGGUGAAAUCAACAAAAACAGACCAUCAGAAGUCACAAUUAAUGCUAAUGCAGUGGCACCAGUCACCUCAGCUGCAGUAUCCGGAAAUGAUCUUUGGCAAGUCAAACUUUUUGGAAGCAAAAAUGAGGAUGGGACUGGUAAUGAAUUAAACCCAGUUUCUCAGAUCUUGGGUCCCUAUAAUUCAGGUCAACCUCUUAGUCCAGGACGUGGAGUUGAUUUUGAGAAUAUUCCGGUUGAGUACAACUUUGGUGAAUUGGGAUGUGGUGAAUACAAGUAUGCUUGCUUAGAGUUGUCCAAAGCACCGAACCCAAGCACAGAUUUUAGUUUCAAGGUGAAACAACCAGGAAAGCCUGAUGCCAAGACGAUUAAAAAGUGCAAGAAACAAGAGUGUCCAGAAGGUGUUGUAAUGGAAGAAUUGCAGACGAGACCUGUCUUCCCAUCAGGCUUAAAUGUUGUUGAGAAUAAACCAAGAAAUAGUUUAUAUUUAAAUGUGGCAGCUUUGCCAGCAAGCGAAUCCAAUGGCAUUGAAGGAGAUGAUCUCUGGCAGUUAGAUGUCUUUGGUAGUGAAACCAAAGAUUGUGCAGAGCCCAAACUCAACCCCAAAACAAAUGUCUUUACCUCAUAUGAAUCACGCAAAGAAAUAGCUCCUAAAGGCACCAGUAAUAAUCGCAAAAUUGAAUAUGGAGAUAUAUUUGUCGAUUAUAGUAUGGAAGGCAUAAGCUGCAAGAAAAUGAAAUACAUUUGCACAGAGUUGAAAAAAGGACCAAAUGCUGACCCUGAUUUUGCCUUGACUGCAAAGAACCGAUUAGUUGCUGCAAACCAAGUCAAGUGUUCAGGUGUCAAGGUGUAUGAUACAGAUCUGACGCUUCAAAGCUCAGGGGUAAUCGACAUUAAUAAGACAACAGUGAGGUUUGACUUCGACUUAGGAUUGGACAGCACAGGAGCAGAUGCCAUAUUAGAUAACCAAUGGAAAUUGACAACUUUCGUCGCAGGGAAGAUAGACGGGUCGGGUGUGAGAGAUGUGAGAGAGACACAAGUACUCUCUCCUGAUCAGAGUGGACGUUUGGUGGCUGCAGGAACAACAACUGUAUUUAGAGGCCUGGAGGCUUCCAUUGAACAAAGCGAUCUGAAUUGUCAAAAUGAUAAUUAUCUAUGUGCUGAGCUGAAGCCAGCUAAUGAUGAAAUGACCCUUGAAGGUGGUCCUCUGAUUAGCUGUGCUGAAGUACAAUGCGCACCUCCUCCUAGUCAGGUACUAUCACCUGGACCCGUUGGCCCAAAAGGCCAGAAGGGAGAACCUGCAGACAUCAAUAACAUGUUCCCUGGGGGAUUUCCAAUGGGUCCACCGGGACCAGCAGGUGCACCUGGAUCGCCAGGAGGACGUGGAGGACCAGGUCCAAGAGGAUCAGCUGGGUCACCAGGCCUAAGGGGAGACAAUGGUAUAGAUGGAUUAAAUGGUCUUCCAGGAUCACCCGGCCAGCCAGGACCCCCAGGACCCCCAGGACCCCCAGGCGAGUUGGUUGCAGCUGCCACAGUAGGCAAGACUAGCCAGUACAAAGGGCCCGCAUAUCCCUCGGGCUAUGCUGGGUACGGCAAUCUGGGUGCAGUAACUGCUGGACCACCAGGACCACGAGGACCACCAGGGCCAGCUGGAAUCAGAGGACCCCAAGGUAUUGCAGGAAACCCUGGAGAAUCUGGUGAUGUUGGCCAACCUGGACCUUCAGGACCAAUGGGACCACCCGGACAACAAGGACGUGAAGGAGAAUCUGGAGAUGAUGGUAGAGAUGGAGCCCCAGGACCAAUGGGUCCAGCUGGAUCAAAGGGACCCCGAGGUAUGCCAGGACCAAUGGGAAUGGCUGGACCAAAGGGACACAGAGGUUUCAUGGGAAUGAGAGGUGCUAAGGGAGACCAAGGUAAUGCUGGUGCCCGUGGUUCCGAUGGUGAGGCUGGCCAAACUGGUGCUCCUGGAGCCCCAGGUGCCAGAGGAGAAGAUGGUGCCCCAGGAAGCCAAGGUGCACCAGGUCCAUCUGGUGCCCCAGGAUCGCCGGGAUUCCCGGGACCUUCCGGAGCUAAGGGAGAGGCUGGUGCAGAAGGUGCCCGAGGACAGACUGGAUCACAGGGAGCACGUGGAGAACGUGGUCCAGGUGGACAACCAGGUAUCCCAGGAAAGGCUGGAGUUGCAGGAAGAGAUGGAGCCCCAGGAGCUAAGGGAGAAGUUGGACCUGCUGGAGCACAAGGACAGCCUGGAUUCCAAGGAGCAAGAGGAGCCCCUGGCGCUGCUGGAGCCCCAGGAGCUGCUGGUGGCAAAGGAGACACUGGCCCACAAGGUCUUCAGGGAGAACGAGGUGAGAUGGGACCACAAGGAGCAAGAGGAGAGGGUGGACCAGCUGGACCCCCAGGAGAAGCUGGUGAAGAUGGCAAGAGAGGACAGGCUGGUGCCCCAGGAGUACAAGGACCAACUGGACCUCAAGGUGAACGUGGACCAGGUGGACCAAGUGGUGCCCCAGGACCAGGUGGAGCUCCAGGAGCUGCUGGACCACAAGGAGAACGUGGUGCAAGAGGAGAACCAGGAGCAAAGGGAUCUGAAGGUGACCAAGGACGACAGGGUGAUGCCGGUAUCCCAGGCCCACGUGGUCUCCCAGGAUCACCAGGAAAGGAAGGACGAGAUGGCAAACCAGGCCCACAAGGAGCAGGUGGUGAUGAUGGUCGCCCAGGUAGCCCAGGUCCACAAGGAGAACGUGGUCCAGCAGGUGUAACAGGACUUACAGGAGCAAAGGGUGAUGUUGGAGAUACUGGACCAGAGGGACCACAGGGUGAGCGUGGUGCACCAGGACCAGGAGGAGAACCAGGUAAACUUGGUAACCCAGGAGCACCAGGACCAGCAGGUGCAGCUGGACCACAAGGAGAACGAGGACCAGCAGGAGCCCCAGGACAACAAGGUUUCAUGGGUAGCCCAGGAUCUCCUGGAGCACAAGGUGAGGCUGGUCCACCAGGAGAAGGUGGUGCUAAGGGAGAGACUGGACAAUCUGGCCCACAGGGACCAAGGGGUGAACGAGGUAGCCCAGGAGAACGAGGUGUUGCAGGAUCCCCAGGAGCUGCAGGUCUGAGAGGACGAACUGGUAGUGCCGGUUCUGAUGGACAGAAGGGAGCACCAGGACCAGCAGGAUCAAGAGGUGAACCAGGCCCACAAGGUUUGAGCGGUGUACAAGGAGAACGAGGUCCAGCUGGUAUUGCAGGAGGUAGAGGACCACAAGGUGAGCGAGGCGCUGCUGGACCAGCAGGACCUGCAGGAAAGUCUGGUGAACGAGGACCAGUUGGCGCAAUAGGACCUACAGGACCACCAGGACUUCCAGGUGAGAAGGGAGAUGUUGGUGAGCCUGGUCCUUAUGGUGCCCAAGGAGCCAGAGGAGAACAGGGUGAAUCUGGUGCACCCGGCGCAGCAGGUGCAAUCGGUAUGCCAGGACCCCCAGGUCCUGCUGGAGGACAAGGGCGAAAAGGAGAUACUGGUUCACCAGGAGAAAGAGGAGCACCUGGACCAUCAGGACCAAGUGGACAAACAGGUGCCCCAGGACAACAGGGAGCUCCAGGUGUUUCUGGACCCAAGGGAGAGCGAGGUGAAGGUGGUGCUGUUGGUGCUGCUGGACUUCCCGGACCAAUGGGACCCGUCGGCCCAGCUGGCCCAACCGUAAAUCAGAUAGAUUAUAAACGUCCACCCGGUGAACCAGGUAACGAUGGGCAACCAGGACCACAAGGUGCCCGGGGAGAUAAGGGAGAUAGCGGACCAACUGGUGCACCAGGUGCCCCAGGCAUUGCAGGAGCACCAGGAGCACCAGGUGCCCAAGGAUCUGAUGGUGAACGUGGUGACCGUGGUAAUCCAGGUGUUGCUGGUCCAGCUGGACAAGCUGGUGAACGCGGUGCAGUUGGCCCUGCUGGUCCAGCUGGUGCCCCAGGUGCUCAGGGAGCUCGAGGUGCCCCAGGUGCUGCCGGUCACAAAGGUCAUCCAGGUAUGAUGGGAGGUCCAGGUCUUCCAGGUCCACAGGGUCCCCCAGGAGAAUCUGGUGCAAGUGGAGAAACAGGAGCUCCAGGUCUUCGCGGACCCCCAGGAACACGAGGUAGCACUGGUCCAGCUGGUAACACAGGUCAACAAGGUCGCACUGGUGCUAGUGGUGCCCGUGGUCCUCGCGGUGAAGAUGGUACCCCAGGUCCAGCUGGUCCACCAGGGCCCCCAGGUCCACCAGGUCCACCAGGAGAUGCAAAUGCGUAUGCCGCUGCAUACUUAUCAAGGUUGGCUGCAAGUUCCACAAAAGGCGUUGAUGCGACAGGUUAUCUAUAUGGUGACCAACCUUAUAUGGGUGACCAGGCCAAUGACGAAAAUGUUGAGCUUUCAGAUGUUGAGAUCCUCCGAGCUCUCCGAUCACUGAACUACCAAAUCCAGGCCAUCAAAUCUCCACUCGGAACCAGGGCCAGCCCAGCCAGAACCUGCAAAGACCUCUUCCAAUGCUAUCCAGACCUCCCAAGCGGAAAGUACUUCAUUGAUCCUAACCAGGGAUGUAGCUCUGAUGCUUUUGAAGUAUACUGUGACAAGAAGACUAUGGAGACGUGCGUAGUACCAACAAAUGGAAAGGUUCCCCGUGCCUCAUACUACUAUGGCAAGUCAAAGAGCGUCUACUUCAGUGACAUGAAGGGUGGCAAAACCUUCGCAUACGCCGACCAAGCACAAAUGGCAUUCUUGAGACUCCUUACCACCAAUGCCCGCCAGAACGUCACGUUUCAAUGUUUGAACGCCGUCGGCUAUGCUAAUUCUGAUGGCAGCCUUGACAACUCCAUCAAACUGAUGACAAGCAGUGAAGUUGAGCUGACCGCCAAUGGCAAAAAACAAUUCCGAUAUUCAGUACUUGAAGACGGCUGCAAAGAUGCUGCAUCCAAUGAAUGGGCCAAAACCGUAUUCGAAUACAACACAAAGAAGAACACUCGACUACCCGUCAUUGAUGUAGCAAUUUCCGGCCUCGGCAGUGAAACCCAAGAAUUUGGUCUCGAAAUUGGAGCUGUCUGCUUCUCAUAAAUUUCCACGUAACCAGGCUCUUUAGAGGGUAUAACAUCAAAGGGAAGAAAUGGUUCUUUCAGUGCCGGUCAGAGUCUGUGUUCCAAGGCUGAAUUGUUUAGAUUGAUUAGGGACGUACAUAUUUUAAGCGAUUUUAAGAUGAUUUCAAGAUGGUGCUUUUAAAUAAUAAAAAAAAAUUAAUUAAAAAAAAAUCUUUGUAUGUAUCUUUUUAACUUGUGAAUGGGAAAAAUCAAGGGAAUUGAACCCUAGUAUUACCCAAAGUGGAUUAAAUGGUGCUAAUGGGCUAGAAAGAGCUUAAAUCAGGCUUUUGAUUUACAGUGACUUUUUUACCAUCUUUCGCUACAGUGGCUUGCGCAGACGUAGUUCUAGAUGUGCAUGUAGAGUUAGAUGCUGUAUAAUUCAGAGUUGAUGUUUUUUUUCCAUCCGUCUAUCACACUAGAGAGAUAUUUUAUUCAUAUUAGUUCUUCCAUUAUAAUUAUUUUUAAAUUAAAAUAUGUUUUAACUAAUUGAAAAUAUGCAACUUUUAUUCUCAUAGGAAAAAAAAAACUAUGCAACAUUUUUAUAAUUGAAACGUGCUUCAUUUCAAAAUAAUAUACAGUUUAGGAGAUAUGUUGUUGGAAUAUAUUUUUAUAUUUUUGUAUCAUAAAACUCUGAUCAUGAACUUUGACCAAAGCACUAUGUCAUCAGGUGAAAAGCAAAGUUGUCUGUACAACUGUACUGUACUCUACUGUACUUUAAGAAGGCACUUGUUUAUAGACAGGAGUAAGAGUAAGACCGAACCUGUCUAAAGACCUGUGAGCCUGUCCAGUUCGAACCACUUUCAAAUGUCAAAAAGUUUUUUUAAUUCUAUGAUGUCACCCAACUGUUUGAAUUUGUGAAAUAAAAAUCUUCCCUUGAAGAGCCCAUAA